GUCUGAAUCAUUUGCUCACAAGACGAGACAGAGGAACAAUGAUCUAAUAUAGAGAUUAAAAUGUAUUUACAGCUGAUACUGAUGCUCACAGCUACAGCAGCUGCAGGGCAACAACCAUCUCAGUUCACAGUCAGAGUCGGUGAUGAAGUGACUUUGCCUUGUAAAGACGUGACUGAUGGUCAGAAUAAAUGUGACGGAACAACUUGGAGCUUCAUCCGUUCAGCGUCAGUGACGCUGUUUGAAGCUGGAAAUAUUAAUUUAACUAUACCAGACAGACUGAGUGUGACUGUUAACUGUUCUCUGGUCAUAAAGAAGGUCAGCAUGGAGGAUGUUGGUCAUUACACCUGCAGACAGUUAACAUCAGGACAAGAAGGACCAAACUCCUCUGUUUAUCUGUCUGUUGUUCACUUGACUGAACAGAAGAUCAAUGAUUCGGUCGUCUUAAACUGCUCUGUGGUGGAUUAUGAAAUCCCCAGACACACAGUGGAGUGGCUGUAUGAAGGAGAAACAUCCUCAGAUUCAAAAUCAUUACCACCCGUCUUUCGUUCUACUGUGAUCCUGACGACUUCCCUUCAUCAAAACUCAACAUUUUUUAGUUCUAUAAAAUGUAACGUCACAAAUAUCUCAACUAAAGAAGUUCAGCUGUUCACCUUCAGCCACCAGUCAACAGAUCAGGACACAGGUCAUAAGGCAGAUCAUAAUACAGGUUUUCUUCAUGUACUGUACGUACUGAGAUGUAUUGUUGUGUCAGUGGGUUUGGCGGCUCUCCUUACAUCAGUUAUUACAGUCAACAUGAAGACCAAAAACAAAACGCAGAGGCACAUGGAUGAUAAUGAAGAUAAAGUCAUGGAGGAAAACGCAGAGAAUCCUGAUGCUGUCAGACUCUGAUCAACACAAAUCAGUUCAACUGAAGGAAACCAACUGUUAGAUUUAGAUUUUAAAUAAAGGAAAACAGUUUCAUUAAGUAACUGCAGGCCUGUGAAGUGGGAUAAGAAUAUGUUUAUGAAUAGAUGAAUCAGGUGUUUUUGUUGUGAAGUGACCCAGCCAGUAGAGAGCGCUGUUGGACUUACAGCUCACAUCACUCUCAGAUUGAACAUCACAACCUCUAUGUCAGCUAUGUCAAAACAAAUUCAGCUUUUUCAUGUGUUAAAUGACAU